CAACAAACAACGCCAGUGCCCAAAAUCAACUUUCCCACACCGACCUCAUGGCCAGCAAUAUCCCCGCUAGCUUGAAAUCCGCGGAUAUCGGGCGAUUUGCCCUCAGGGCAGCUCAGCUUGAACGCGCAAAGCCCGUCGUGGCCUACUGGUGCAACUUCUGGAUUGUGAAUCAAAUUAUUGAGAGAGGGCUGCACACUUCUGAUGAUGAGGUCAAGCUGUAUACGACGGAGCUGGUGGACAAACUGGAGGAGUUCAAGAACGAAAACCCCGACAAUGACGCUGUGACGGAUGCUGUCGCAGCCAAUGCAUAUGUAGAGCAAUUUGCUUUGGAGGUCCUUGGGCGUGCGGAGGCGACGAUGAAGGCCAACAAAGUGACGAAACAAACAGCAGAUACAUUCCAGGCGGCUGCCACCUUCCUAGAAUUAUGCCAAAUCUGGAACCCUCCGGAUGCCGAAAUCGCUGCGAAGAUCAAGUUCGCCAAGUACCACGCUGUCAGAAUCAUCAAAGCAAUCAAAGCUGGAGAAGAUCCGAAUGCGUCGAAUCCCGUCGCCGCUGAGGAGGAGGAAGAUGCUGUGGCUGAUCUAGAGCCUAGACCAGAUGAUCCGGAAGUGCAGGCCAUUGUCGGAUCCCUGCCCGUCCAGCCGAGGCAGCCGUCCGUAGAGGACGUCCAGGAGGACUCCGAAGAAGCGUCGCAAGCACCGCUUGUUCUACCAGACACACCAAACACGACGAGAUACCGUGCCCCUGCUUACCAGCGGACUGGGUCACCUUCCGAAGCCAAAGCGGAGGACGAUACGGAACAAGGACUGGAGCUACCAUCUGCACCGGAGAAAUUUGCAUCUUCAUCGGACCCCGUACCUGAUCUCCCGGACACCCCUGGGAAAAUAGACGGGAAUCGUGCUCCUGCGCCUUCCGACUCAUUCCAUUCCUUUCCCCCGCCAUCCAACAUGGGGCCCGCCACUCCAGCCGCGCCCUCUCAUGAUGCCAGCUAUUUUUACAGCAAGCCAUCACCUAAUACCGCAGUGCCUCCACCCUUCGUGCAGUCGACGUCAGGCACCGUCCCUGUAGUCAGCCGCCCAGCGCACCAGAACUUCCCGAGCCCCACGCCUCCUGCACCAGCACCUGUUGCUUCGCAUUCUGGUCCGACGAAUGCGCAGCCAGUUGAUGAUCAAGCUAUUGCGCUUGCGCAGAAGCACGCUCGCUGGGCGGUAUCGGCCUUGACAUUCGAUGAUGUCAAUACGGCUAUCAAAGAACUCAGGAACUCACUGCGCUACUUGGGAGCGGAAUGAGGAGACCGUCCAUGUAUACCUAGCUCAGCAAACGUUGUUUGUCUUUAGAGAUACCUCUUGCCCAAUUCUGUUGUUGAUGAGUGCCAGCACUUGUUUGAUGGCGUGACCUUUCC